CUCUUAGUCAGUUGGAACGUGUCAGAUCACAUCAAAAGUCAUUAAUUUAAUUUUUUUGUGGUUCCAGUUGAAGUUUUUAUCAAUGACAAAUUGUAAAGUUUGCAACGGCGAUGCCAAACAGAAAUGUUCAGGAUGCUUCAACGUCUUUUAUUGCUCGAGAAAUUGUCAGGUUGCUGAUUGGAAAAAUGGACAUAAAAACGAUUGCAAACCUUUUGAAGUGAAAAGGAACAAGAAAUUGGGUCGAUAUACGAUUGCAUCACGAGAUCUUAAGGCAGGUGAAAUUUUAUUUCGAGAAGUUGCUGUCGUUCAUGGACCGAAAAUGCUAUCAAAUCCAAUAUGUCUCGGAUGUCACAAAGCACUCGUAAAAAAAUCACAAAAGGCUGAUUUUUAUCGAUGCUCGCGAUGCUCAUGGCCAUUAUGUUCAAAACAAUGUGAACGGCUUGAUCCACAUAUCGAUGAAUGUAAUUUAAUGGCAUCGAAAAAUUAUAAAUGUCCCAUCAAAGUGAAUUGUGCUAGUCAGCAGUCUGAUGCCAUUUAUUGUCUCAUAUUUCCACUAAGAUUUCUCAUUUUGAAGCUCAAACAGCCAAAAGUAUUUGAGAAAAUUUUAUCAGAACUCGAGAGUCAUGUAGAUGAGAGAAUUGCUUCAGGAAGUUAUGACCAUCACAAGCAUCAUCUAGUUCCAUUUAUACAAAAGCUUUUAGAUCCAACUAUAUUUACUGAACAUCUAAUAUUAACAGCAACUGCCAUACUCGAUAACAAUUGCUUUGAAAUUUCAAUGCCUUUACGUGGCAUCGAAAUGGGAGGACUCUUCCUAAUUAGUCUCAUUUUGUGUCAUGACUGUGUACCGAAUACAAAGCACUACGUAAAUUACAUCGAAUCUGAUAGUGACAUUCAACGAUACCAAAUGACUUUCGAAACUACCGUUCCAGUCAAAAAGGGUGAACAGCUUACAACAACAUAUACAGAUACACUCAAAACGACACUUGAACGUAGAAAGCACUUGAAGCAGACAAAAAUUUUCGAUUGUGAUUGUAAACGUUGCAUGGAUGCAUCUGAACUAUCGACUUAUGGUAGUUCGUGGCGAUGUCAGAGAUGUUCUGAUGGACUUAUUUUGUCGACAAAUUCUUUUAAUAACAAUUCGGAAUGGCAUUGUGAGAGCUGUGAUGCUGUUUAUAGCUGUGAGGAAAUUUCAGGUAAAUUAAGUCGUCUACAAAUCCAAUUAAGAACUUCAGUCAAUCGACAUCCAGAAUCGUUGGAGAAGUUUAUCGUGCAGACUUCAGGUGAAAUCCAUGGCAACCACUUAUUAAUUAUCGAAGUAAAAUACAUGCUGUGCUUGAUGUAUGGUAAUAUAGGAGGAUAUCAUUACAAAGAACUUCCUGAAAAUCUCCUUCAACGUAAACUCGACCUAUGCAAAAAUGUCCUCGACAUCUACAAUUCCGUUGAUCCCGGUCAGACAAAUUCCCGUAUGAAUAUAAUAUUUGAACUAAAUUGUGCAAAUAUAAUUGACAUGAAAAAUAAAUUAAGCAAGAAUCUCAUCAAUAAAAAUAAUGCCAUGCAUGCAAUCGAUCAAUGCCUUAAGCAGAUUAAGGAUUGUUAUGAUGUCUUAGUGCUGGAAACAGAAAAUAAAGGAAUUAUGGACAAGCGGUUAGAAAGGAUUAUGAAUGAAAGUUUUAUGUAAUAUCCAUGAAUGGAAAUAAAUCAUACAAAACAAGGAGGAAGUGGAAGAAGGAAAAAUUAACAGCACUUUUGUUGUCUCUGUUGAUAUAUCCUAGCUUGUUUUUGUUACAUAAAUGAGGAUUUUGGAUCCAUUUUGGCUGAUUGAGUGCCAUUAAGGAUAGAAUAAGAAAUUUAGCAGAAUUUGUUAUGAGAAAUAAAAUGUAUUAGGAAAGCU